AAAAUCCACAAGCCACAACAAGCAAUCCUGCGCAACGAAUCCUACCAUCAGAUCUACAAUUCUCCAUCAAAAUCCUCCCAGUCCCUGAAAAUGAUUUUCCCGAGGUUAUUAUCAGGACUGAGACGAUUAUCUGGAAUUGCCAUGCAAAAACCAGAGGUAGUGUUCAUCCUGGGGGGACCUGGCUCUGGUAAAGGUACGACGUGUGCUAAAAUCGUGGAGAAAACUGGAUAUGUCCACCUGUCAGCUGGUGAUCUACUCAGAGAGGAGCGAGCUAAACCUAAUUCUCAAUUUGGACAGCUCAUCGAGGAGCACAUCAAGAAUGGAACUAUUGUUCCAGUGGCUAUAACUUGCUCUCUUAUCCAUCAGGCCAUGAAGACGAGCUCCAAGAACAGAUUUCUCGUUGAUGGAUUCCCUAGGAAUCAGGAUAACCUCGAUGGAUGGACUAAAAAUAUGUCCGACAAGACCAUUGUGAGAGCAGUGAUUUUUCUGGAGUGCAGCGCAGAGGUGUGCACCAAACGCUGUCUGAAUCGUGGACUCCAGGGCAGUGGCAGGAGUGAUGACAACAUGGAAUCACUUGUCAAAAGACAUGAAACCUUCAUCAAGGACACCAUGCCAAUGGUGAAACACUUCGAAGAGCUUGGUCUACUCUGGCGAUUUGACUCUGAAAGAUCUGCAAACGAUGUAUUCGAUGAUGUCUACAAGAAGCUGAAGGAAAUCGACUGGGUCGAGUGAAUUACUUUCAUUACUUCAAUUACGGCAUUAUUUUGAUCAUGUAGCGGUUUAUUUUUUAUUCUCUUUGGGGGAACUCGGUCGAUCUUGCCUCGGCAUUAGAGUCCAAAGAAUAUUUUUGAGGUGCUUAUACACAUUCCCUGGUGAGAGGAUUUGAGAAAAUAUCAGGUUCAUGUUUUGGUUUUUGAGCAGUGAAUUUUGAAAGGAUCAACGGUCUGGAUCAUGUUUGACCGAGUAAUUAUUGUAAUGCUGUGGAAAUAUAUUUCUAGCAUUGGGAA